AUGGCGUCAUUUGUCCGUAUAGCUCGGAACCAUUUUUCGUCAACCUUUCGUUCCCAUUUGUUGAAAGACUGUCGUUUAGCUCCAUCAGCGACGAAGACUAUACAGAAUGCUGAUUCUCAGUCAUUGUCAAUUCUUAGAAGUGAAUCGCAAGUGUAUUUGACGUCGUCGGCAUCGGUGGUCAAAAGUUACAAGUUCAGGAACGGGAGAACGCCAGCUAGGAAGGCUCGUGAGGCCAACGCGGCGCAUAAUACGGCAAUCGAGCUUGCAUUGAAUUCUGUAGUCAAAAUUUUCACUGUUUCGUGCAGUCCCAACUACUUACUUCCUUGGCAGAACAAGUCCCAGAGGGAAACAAUGGGCUCUGGGUUUGUAAUUCAGGGUAGAAAGAUUAUUACAAAUGCUCAUGUGGUAGCUGAUCAUUCUUUUGUACUUGUAAGGAAGCAUGGCUCUCCCACCAAAUAUAGAGCAGAAGUCAAAGCUGUCGGUCAUGAAUGUGACUUAGCUAUAUUGGUUGUUGAAAACGAAGAGUUUUGGGAUGGUAUGAAUCCCUUGGAGCUUGGAGAUGUCCCAUUUUUACAAGAAGCUGUUGCUGUUGUGGGAUAUCCUCAAGGUGGUGACAACAUUUCAGUCACUAAAGGAGUUGUUUCCAGGGUUGAACCUACACAAUAUGUCCAUGGUGCAUCACAGUUGAUGGCAAUACAGAUUGAUGCAGCCAUAAAUCCAGGGAACAGUGGUGGCCCUGCAAUUAUGAGCAAUAAAGUUGCUGGAGUAGCAUUCCAAAAUCUUUCAGGUGCCGAAAAUAUAGGUUACAUUAUACCCGUACCUGUAAUAAAGCAUUUUAUAUCUGGUGUAGAAGAAAGUGGAAAAUAUAUUGGAUUUUGCUCUUUGGGUGUGUCAUGCCAAACUACUGAAAAUGUGCACCUCAGAAACCAUUUUAGCAUGCAACCUAACAGGACUGGGGUGCUUGUUAGCAAAGUUAAUCCACUCUCAGAUGCAUACAAUGUUUUGAAGAAGGAUGAUAUUAUACUUUCAUUUGAUGGUGUGCCUAUAGCAAAUGAUGGGACAGUUCCUUUCCGCAACAGAGAACGGAUAACAUUCGAUCACUUGGUGUCUAUGAAGAAACCUAAUGAAAAAGCAAUAGUCAGAGUCUUGCGAGAUGGCCAAGAGCAUGAGCUUAGUAUCAUUCUCCAACAUAUCCAACCCUUAGUUCCAGUUCAUCAGUUUGAUAAACUUCCAAGUUAUUACAUUUUUGCCGGUCUGGUAUUUGUUCCACUCACUCAGCCAUACCUUCAUGAGUAUGGGGAAGACUGGUAUAAUAUAUCACCUCGUCGUUUAUGUGAAAGAGCACUGCGGGAAUUGCCCAAAAAAGCUAAUCAACAACUCGUUAUCCUGUCUCAGGUCUUGAUGGACGAUAUCAAUGCCGGAUAUGAACGUCUUGCAGAAUUACAGGUUUUGAAGGUUAAUGGAACAGAAAUCGACAAUCUAGAACACUUAUGCGAACUUGUUGGAAGCUGUCACACAGAAUUCUUGCGGUUCGAUUUGGAAGACGAUCGAGUCAUUGUCUUGAACUAUGGAAUGGCGAAACUUGCCACUUCUAGAAUUUUGAAACGUCAUAGAAUACCUUCAUCAAUGUCAAUUGAUCUUAUUGAUGCAAAAUAA